AUGACAUCGGUAUUCCAAGCCAUCUCCCGACGCUUCUCCUCGCCAGACGCGAUCCCCAUGCCCACACCAACGUUCACCCUCCCUCCAAACGACACAGUUGACCCCAAGUCAUAUCCGUCCCUCAACGACUCGGUGAGCAAAUCGGAAUGCCUCUUGUUGCUGAAGCGUUCGGCCAAACACGACUUGCCAAACCAGUGCCAGGAAUACAUUGCACAGAUUCAAACCGACCCCCAUGUUGCGCUUCCGAGUGCUUCAACACAUGCAUCAUCGUGCGUCCACAUUGCCGCAACAAUGCCGCCGCAGCACCAAGAAACGUCAGAAUGUGACGCGACAGCCAGGUCUGACGUCAACUUGAAGUAG